GACAGGCGGAGAGUGCGCCAGACUGAGCAGACGACGCUUAUUUCGGGCGCAGAGUGCGUAAAACCGCAGGAGCGCUGUAACAUUUGGAACCCGCUCAUUGUGCGGGAUAAUACGAGCUUUCCGACUCGGCGUUGACGACUUUAUUUUUGCUUCCGUUUACAGGAACUGAGCCCUGUGAUUUCAGCAGCUUUCAAUUUUCUGAAUGGACGCGUUGGGAAGCUUCUCCACCGACAUGGAAAUGCGCCUUUCCGAGCGCAUUGCCGGAUGCUGAGGUCGCCCCCCACCCCACCCCUCCCCCCGAACCUCUACCCCACUUUACUUCCAGUUUUCGUUUUGAGUUUUCAACUCUCGUCUCCAGCCCACGACAAAACAUGGAAGGCACGAGCUUCCAGCCCCAUCCCGGACUUCAGCAAACUCUGAAGCAGUUUCACCUCAGCUCCAUGCGCUCGCUCGGCGGCCCGGCGGCGUUCUCCGCGCGGUGGCACCAGCAGCAGGACGCGCUCUUCGGGAAAGAUGGCAAGUCCGCGGAGAUGAUGCUCUCCCUGCCGGCCCAGACGCCCCCGGUCAUGUCCGGCCCACUUUUCAUCCCGUCCGACCGCUCCACGGAGCGCUGCGAGACGGUGCUGGAGCGCGAGCCCAUCUCCUGCUUCGUGGUCGGCGGGGAGAAGCGCCUGUGCCUGCCGCAGAUCCUCAACAGCGUCCUGAGAGACUUCUCCCUGCAGCAGAUCAACUCGGUGUGCGACGACCUGCACAUCUACUGCUCCAGGUGCACGGCGGACCAGCUGGAGAUCCUGAAGGUGGUGGGCAUCCUGCCGUUCUCGGCGCCGUCCUGCGGGCUCAUCACGCAGACGGACGCGGAGCGCCUCUGCAACGCGCUCAUCUACGGCGGCUCGUACCCCCCGCACUGCAACAAGGAGCUGGGCUCCCUGGAGCUGGAGCGAACCGAGAAGAGCUUCAAGGUGUACCACGAGUGUUUCGGCCGGUGCAGGGGCCUGUUCGUGCCGGAGCUGUACGCCGGUCCGGCCGCCGCCUGCAUCCAGUGCAUGGACUGCAGACUCAUGUUCCCCCCGCACAAGUUUGUGGUGCACAGUCACAAGAGACUGGAGAACCGGACAGUCCACUGGGGCUUCGACUCAGCCAACUGGCGGGCCUAUGUGCUCUUGGACCCGGACUACACGGACAAGGAGGAGAAAAGUCACCUGGAGCAGCUGCUCAAAGAGUUAAAGAGAAAGUACGAUGUGAUGGGGAAGGUGUCCAGUAAAUCCUGCAGAUCGCUGAGCCCGAUCCCACCCAAGAGGUCCAAGCUGGACAAAUUGCAGUCUCCGUCUGCUGACAAAGACAGGAAACCUGACUGGCUGCAGUCGCUGUCUAAGUCUGCACACAAGGAGCUGAAACAGGUCCAGCUGAAACAGAGGCCCUCUGCUUUCCGCCCAUGGUCUCCAAAAGCAGCAGAAAAAGAGAAAGCAGCGACUCAGAAUGAAGCAGAAAGACCCUGCUUAAAAACUCAGGAGACCUUAGCUGCUGCAGUGGUUCCUCUGCUCCAUCCCAGCGACAGUUACACCUCCAGCAGAGAGGCCAAAAUCAUUCCCAUUCAAGAGCUGCAUAAUGGUGGCACCCAGCCGUCCACAAAACUGUCCUAUUCUGCCAUCACCGGUCGAGCCGAGGACAUGGACACAGACGGAGAGAUCGAUGUGGACGACUGUGAUGAUGGUCUUGUUUCAGCCUCCUCUGUGGCGUUACCUCCCUCAGCCUCCACCAGCAUCGCUCAGAGUCUGACGCUUCAGCGGGUCGCUCCGGUUCAGGAUUUAGCUCCCUGGCUGCUGGAGAACGUCUGCCCAGAGAUAGAUACCAUGAGGCAGAUGCUGCGCACUGGCCUGGACACCAAAGAGGCCCGAGAGAAAAUCCUGCAGGAGAUUGUCAGAAUGAGAGUGAAGCAGGAGGAGAAGCUGUCAGCCGCUCUGCAAGCCAAACGCAGCCUUCAGCAGGAGCUGGAAUUCGUGAAGGUGGCUAAAAAGGGCCGUCUUCGUGAUGCCAUCGAGGCCAAACGCAACUUGCGAAAGGAGAUUGAGCGCCUUCGCGUGGACUGGGAGAGGAAGAUAAGGGAGGCUGAGGAGUCGUGCGGGCGGCUGAACAGGGAGCUGGAGAGAGAAAGACAAGUGCGGGUGUGCGACCAAGGUUGUGAAGCUGAACGUCUCCGGGUUAAAUACUCGACUCAGAUCGAAGAGCUGCACAUGCAGCUGCAGCAGGCGGAGGCCGAUCGGGAGCAGCUGAGGCUGGAACUACAGCAGGAGAGAGAAGCUCGGCAGAGCCUGGAGAGCGUGGUGAAAGACCUGCAAACCCAGCUGACCCUGCAGGCCAACUGCCCCCCUCCUGAAAGCUGCAAGAAAACAAACACGGACACACGAAGCCCCAUCACAGAGCCCAGCAAAGGAUCCUAAAGUUGCACGUUUAAAAGUGGACAGAGACUCACAGAAGAGCAUGUUUAAGGACUUUGUUACGCCUCCACUUAGAGGAGGGGAAACAACUCAAAGUCACUUUUGUAGAAAGUUUGUCAUAUAUGAUAUAUUACCACAUACAACAAUGAUACUAUAAGAAUAUGACAAAUUUUGUGACAUGAACUGGAAAGUAGCAUGAGCAUGUUAAAGAGAGGGAAACUCUGAAAAGACUUCUUCAGCGAUAAACACAUCUUUUCCGUGACGUCAGAACCCUCCUAACGCAGUCCGAGAGUUCGGUUUGGGUAUAAGCUAUUCAUAGACGUGCAAACCGAGCUACACGACACUACUUGAAUAUGAAGGGAAGAAGCGUGUUGGUGAAAUGUGAGCAGUUGACGAAAGUCAUCUUUGUGCCACAAAUUAAUGGUACACUCCGAGGUGUCACUGCAGACCACUGGAAACAAGAGACACAAGUUUACCACUAUUUACUUUAAAUAUCUGCUUGCAUUUUAUAAACUUGUACUUUUUUUAAAAAAAAUAUUGCUUGCUCUACACUUAUUCCACAGGCAAAAAAACAUAAAUAUCCAAACAUUCAUAUUCAUUUAGCAGCUUAUUUACCUUUUGUAUUUCAUAAACCUGAAGUAUUGGGUGUUUGGUGGACUGACUUUAUAGCCACCGGUGUUUAACACAUAGAA